GCCCCGCGUGUGUGUCGGCUGGCGUGCGCUCUGUCCGCGGCCGCAUCUGACCCCAGCACUUGGUGUUUCCUGAGGUGUUGAGGCAAGUUCCGCAGCAAAUGCUUUACUUAACGUGGGUUAUUUCCUUGCCGAAUGUGAAGUGUCCGCUCUUAAAAACCCUUUGUCAGCGGGGCCAACCCAUCCGUGCCGAGCCUUCAUCCAGUGUCCGCGGCAGCAAGCUUUCUGCAGUGACCCGAGGUACAAGAUGACCUUGGGGUGCCUGGCUGGCCCAGUCAGAAGAGCAGGUGACCCUUGAUCUCGUAGUCGUGAGUUUGAGCCCCACAUCGGGUGUAGAGAUUGCUUAAAAUAAAUAAAUAAACACUUCAACAACAACAACAAAAAAGACGGACUUGUCCUGUGGGUCCACACAUCUGACCCCGUGUCCAUGUUGUUCUCCCUCAGAGGCGUCACCGGCCCCUCGCUCUCGUGUGGAGCCCUUGGUGGAGGGCAAUUGGGUGUCCCCAGUGGUUGGCCCAUCUGAACCGCUGGGGGCAAGCCGUGUUUGGAGUCUCUUAAUCCAGGGACGAAGCCCUGACCAAAGUCAGGCUGCACGGACAGAGGAGAAGGGGUCCUGGGGUCCCUUUGAUGGUUUUCCAGGCAGCUCCUGUGCUCAACUGGGGGAGCUAGGCCCCUGAGAGGACCCAUAGGAUGCAGGGGAGAGGGAGAGGAAGCACUGGAAAGCAGGGAGCUGCUUCCCUGACACUGGACCUGAGCCCAAGGGGGCCGCGUCCCCCUGCAGAGCACAGCCCGGAAGAAGCUUACCAACCAGUGGGCCAGGGAAGUGGUCCUUCCUGUUUAUCGUCGAGGUGCCUCAGGAUGGGAGCAGAACCUUAUGGUUCAGGCACGGUUGGACCUGUUUGAGGCCCAUUGCUGUGUGGCUGCCCCGUCCAGCUUCAGAGGCCGUCCGCUGUAGGUCGACCUGCCUGUAGGACUGUGCUGGAGGCUGGCCAGUUGGCAGUGCCCACGGCAGCAGCCAGUCAGGGAUGGUCCACUGCCCCCGGCACUCUGCGGACACUUCGAAGCCUCUGAGGAUUGGGCUAUCAGGAUGCAGUUGCUAGAAGAAGAGGUGCCUAGCCUGUCGGGGGCUGUCUAGCAGCUCAGUGGGCGUCUCCUGGGCCACUUUCCUUACCUGGUGUUGGAUGCAGGUCACAUUGAGGGUCCCAGCCGGGCAGGGCACAAGGGGAUCUUCUGCAGCAUGGCCCUCUUCAAGACCCAGGCAUUGGGAGCUGAGUCUCUGACAGUGAUCUCGCAGUUUGCCAUCACUGCCCGCUGUUGUCCCUGAAGCUGACCAGCUCUGCCUGGACCAGGAGGGGGGACGGAUGACCCUGGGCAGACACUCCUCACAUCUUCCCCACCAGGCUUGGCUCUGGGGAUGGCUCUGCCUGUAGCUGCCAACCGUGGACGUGGUCUGGGUCUAGGGUCUGCCUUUGUCAUUCCUGGCGGAUGUCUGGAAAUUGAGGAGUUCCUGGUGGAGGACUCGUGCUGUCCACCAGGACCGGUGUGCCCCCACCUUGCUCUGGGCUCGGGGCUAGCCAUGGUAGGCUUGGUCCACCAAGGGGCAGCUGUCAGCCCACCUGGCCCCCGUCAUGUGGUGAUUGACUCUGCAAGGCUUGGGUGGCUUCAGCUGGCCUCGGUCACCCUGUUGCCUGUAGUGUGCUGGUGGUUAAGGAAGGGCACUAACUCUCCCUGGGGACCCACCCACCGGUUUUCAGGUCCCGCUGGGGGGAAGUCUUGUGCUCUCUCUCCUCGGACUUCUGUCCCUUUCCCCUGCUGGCUGAAGACCGCAGGAAGCCGAGAGGCCUGGUUGGGUGAGGGCACCCCUUCGGGCACUAAGGUUUGGCCUUGUGCCCCAAGAAGAGGAGGGGGUGGAAGGACUCGGGGAAAGCCUCAGCCAGGCCGCCCACCAUGACUUUCUCUGAGGUCACUCAGUCCCCCUCUCACUAGACAUGCUUACCCCAGUGGAGGGCCAGUGCCCAGGGUCACCAAGCCCCGAUGUGGCUGGGAGCCUGGUCUUUGCCACGUCCUGCCUUUCGCAGGAGCAGGGUCUGAACCAGGCUUCUGGGCAUCACCAGGACUCUUGGGUAGGGGGACCUCUGUCAGAGGGCCUGGAGGGGGCCUGGGGCAGGGCUGGAAGGAUCCGGAGGGCCUGAAUGAAGUGGGUCUUACGCAGGAAGGGCAGAUGGGGCUCUCUGUCCUGAUGGAGUUUGUCCCUGCCCCUGGGCCUCCUGGAUAUGAGGUGCUAGGAGCUUUUCUGGGAGCAGAGUGGGGUGAGUUCGUGUCAACAGUUUGCAGGGCCAGUCGGCCCUCCUGGAGAAGGGCGGGGGCUGUUUCCCAGGGCAGGGAGCAGCCCCUUGCCGCAGCCUAACGCCCCCGUCUCCGCCCCCGGGCUGGCAGGGGAGCCCCUGUUGGCUGGCAGAGCACGCAGAGUGUGAGCCCUCCCCCUUGGAGCUUUGGGGCGGAGGGGAGGGUUUAUCUGGCAGCAUGCGCGGGCAGCCGGGGCACUGCAUAUGAGGGAGGCGGGCGCCGGUCCCAGCCCCGGGGGAUCGGGAGGGAGUGCGUCCCUGGAGUGGUCUGCCCCAGCCGGGUGCCUGUGUGGCCGCCGCAGGCUCACCCUGCCUGCACGUGCAGGGAGGUGGCGAGGUGCCCCCGGGGGCUGUGUCUCCGCAGGGGGGCCCUGAGUGCCGGCUGCACCGCCGCCCCCAUGAGCGCACCUGGGGGUACCCGCUCACCGGGCUGAGCCGCCACUGGGGUCUGGAGCUGCCGGGCGCCAUGCACUGGGCUUGGGCGGCCGCUGCUGUGGCCCUCGGGCUGCAGCUCUCGCUCCUGGGGGCCGUUGGGGCGCGGCGGAAGCCCAAGAGGCCUCAGCAGCCCGGCCAGGGCACUGAGCCCCCCACCGCCACCACGUCCCACAGCGAGGGGCUGCUGGGCUCCCCCAAGCCACCUGAGGGCCUAGGGUCUGAGUUCUCAGACGCCCACAUGACCUGGCUGAACUUCGUCCGGCGUCCACACGAUGGGGCCUCCAAGAAACGGGGCCGGGGCCAGGACAAGAAGUCGCGAGGCCUCUCUGGCCCCCCUGGGCCGCCCGGGCCGCCCGGGCCCCCCGGGCCCCCCGGUGCCACAGUCACCCAGGAAGCCCUGCUGCGAGAGUUUCAGGAGAUGCUGAAAGAGGCCACUGAGCGCCGGUUCUUGGGGCUGCUGGGCCCAUCGCUGCCUGAGGGGACAGGGCGGCUGGUGGCCGAGGCCUUCCACUGCGCCCUGAAGGGCCCCCUGGUGGUGGACGAGAAGACGCUGGUGGAGCUGCAUGGCUUCCAGGCUCCCACGGCCCAGGGCGCCUUCCUGCGGGGGUCUGGCUUGAGCCUGGCCUCAGGCCGGUUCACAGCCCCAUUGACCGCCAUCUUCCAGUUCUCCGCCAGCCUGCACGUGGACCACAGGGAGCCGCAGGGCAGGGCGAGGGUGCGGGCUCGAGACACCGUGCGAGUGCUUGUCUGCAUCGAGUCCCUGUGUCAUCGACACGCGUCCCUGGAGGCCAUCUCGGGCCUGGAGAGCCGCGGCAGAGUCUUCACCGUGCACGUAGAGGGGCUGCUGGAGCUGCAGGCUGGACAGUAUGCCUCCGUCUUCGUGGACAACGGCUCUGGGACAACCCUCACCAUCCAGAGUGGCUCCAGCUUCUCCGGCCUGCUCCUGGGCACGUGAGGGCCAGACAGGGGGCCCACGGGGCCCACCCACCCCCACUGUCCACUGUUAAAUCUGUGGUCCCAGCAAUAAAGAGCUCUCAGCCCU